UAAAUAUUGUGACACAUAAAUACAUAAAACUAGGGGACAAAACGAUUUUCUUGUAAAACUUUGUGUUUUACGGCAUUCUACCACUUUAAAUAUACAAAAAUCAACAAAUACUUUAGAUGGGUUCUGAUGUUGCUAAAAGCUCAGACAAUAUCUGCUGAGCUUCUUUUUCGGCAUUUUUGGAAUGAAGUUUUCUGGUUAAAUAAUAAUAGGGUGGGAACAGCAGUUUUUUUUAGAAUCUCUUUUAAAAGUAAACCUAAAAUUUAAAUUUUGUGGUGAAUUUAAUGUGUUACUCAAGACAAAAAACAUAAUAACUCAUUUUGUAAGUCUCUUUCAUAAUCAUUUUCAGUAAAAUCAACUGAGGAGACAUAGCUUUUAUCUAGAUUAAGUUUGUCCUCUCUUCUAAAUCGAACUAUCCACUCGUUCCGAAUAGUUCGGGAUACUAGAUCUUUCCCUUUGGGAAAGCGUUGAAAACUACAUUUUCGAGACCUUGCUUUGAUCAAAAUAGUUGUUAUUGCACCCAUACAUGGCACAUCUCGUUCCAGGCAUACCUAACUAUUUAUUAUGUGUAAUGUUUUGAGCUUACCUCGUAACUAAUAACGCCGCUAAAAAGCAGCACGAACACAAAACUUUUAGGUUUUUGUUUAAGAUUAAAAAUACAGUUUCUCUCAAUUCUCGCCACUUAAGCGCAUACAAUUUUAUAGUAUUUGUUAAAGCUUAAAAACACUGUUUUGUCUAAGUUUUCUUUACAGAAAUACAAUUAACACAAACACAACACAACAAAUGCAUUGACAGAAUACAUAAAAACCGUUAGAGGACUUCGGUUACGUCACAAGCGACCACGUGCGAUCGAUAAUUUUGGCGAACGUAUGUCUUAUGGGAUUGGGCAAUCCUAUUAGAUUUACAAUUCUUGGGUUCUACCAAUUUUAUUAUUUGGUCGUUGUUGAACACUUAUAAAAACCUCAAUGGUUCUUCUUCUUUAAUACGCAGCAACCCUCAGCACAGUUACAAUGGCAGAGGUUAAAGGGUAACCAAUAAAAUGAAUACCGGCUGGUGUAAAUAAAUAAAAUUAUGAGCAAAACAUUUACACGACUUAAAAAAUUAUUUUUGCGGACGAUAUGUGUUCGCAUAAAAGCAUAAUUUAUUCCUUUCCCGUUUCGUUCGCGUAUCGCAUUUAAAAAUGCCCAAAGCGAGUCGCGUGACACUUUUUGUUCGUAUUCUAGUCGUUAGGCCGUGAAAGCUCGAGCAAUUAUCGGCUUCCUACGCAGCGCGCGUUGUAUGAUGAACGAAACCAAUUCGUUUUUAAAUUUUGUGUUUUUGUCGUUUUUUAUCUGUGCCGCUUGCGAAACCACAAUAAAAUGUAUCGAAAACGAGAGAUUCUACCGCAAUCCCGAUCUCAACAACACCCUAAAAGGCGGCUCGCCGACAAACGAAGAAUGUGCCAAGUAUUAUUUAUGUUUGGAAGGCGAAGUGUUUUCGUUUAAAUGCUCGCCCGGGCUACUUUUCGACGUGUCCAGGCAGAUUUGCGAUAUUAGCGCCAGCGUGAAAAACUGCCAGCAAUUCACGGAAAGCGGCACGACGUCAUCGAACCAAUGCCCGGAUCCCGAUUACCGAAAAUGUGAAGAUGGGGCGGCGAUGUGCAUACCGGGCGACUAUUUUUGUGACGGGGCGCCGGACUGCCCGGACCGGAGCGACGAAACGCGGUGCGACCACAUCGAAGACGUCUACGCUGCCCAAGUCUGCGACCCGACAAAGUGUCAACUGCCGAAGUGUUUUUGUUCCGUAAACGGUAACGUCGUUCCCGGAGGACUGGCCGCUUCGGCGGUGCCCCAAAUCGUGUUACUCACGUUCGAAGACGCCGUCGACGAGGAUAACUUUGAAUUUUACAGCUACCUGUUUUCUCAAAACUACACGAACCCCAACGGCUGCCCGAUUUCGGCUACUUUUUUCGUCAGCCAUCCCCACAACAACUAUUACUACGUUCAGAAGUUGUGGAAUGCCGGCCACGAGAUCGCCGUUCACUCUAUUACGCACAAACUCCCGGAUAAAUGGUGGUCAGACAACGCGACCCUGGAAGAUUGGUUCGACGAAAUGGUGGGCGGAGCCAACAUACUGCACAAGUUCUCGAAAAUAAGACUGUCGGACAUCGCGGGCGUCCGGGCUCCCUUCUUGCGGAUCGGUUGGAACCGGCAGUUCCUGAUGAUGAAGGAGUUCGGUUUCCUGUACGACAGCUCGAUAGUCGCGCCAUUUUCCCAGACUCCCUUAUGGCCCUACACUUUGGAUUACAAGAUGCCACACAAAUGUUACCGGCAGCGGUGCCCCACGCGCUCCUACCCCGGCCUUUGGCAAAUGGUGAUCAAUCAACUCGAAGCGGGUGACGUCAGCUGCGCCACUUUAGAUUCGUGCCCGUCCGACCUCACCGGUCAACAGGUGUACGAAAUAUUAACGAGAAAUUUCGAUAGACACUACGGGACCAACAGGGCCCCGUUCGGACUGCACUUCCAGGCCAGUUGGUUCGACAACGACGAAUACUUGACGGCGUUUCAGGAUUUCCUGGACAACGUGCUUUCCAGACCGGACGUUUGGUUCGUGACGAAUUCGCAAGCGAUCAGGUGGAUGCAAGAUCCCGUGCCCAUCGCGCGGUUCAAAAAUUUUCAUUACUGGCGCUGCGACACGAGGAACUGGCGCCCCGACGAACUCGCUUGCCUCAAGCCUGAAACGUGCAAGCUGUUCAGCCGCGCUUUCAGGGAGGAAAUCGAGAUGCAAACUUGCGGCGACUGCCCGAAGAAAUACCCGUGGGUUAAAAACGAAUUCGGCCUUAAUUGACCGUUCCCGAGGCCAAAUUAUUAUUUAUGGGUUGGUUUAGUUGUUUUUUACCUAUUGUGAUUCGUGUAACGUGUUAUUUUUUGUGUUAUCGUACGUAACCAAUUAAAAGUGUAUUUAAUGACGAUUGAAGUUGAUCAUAACCUCAAAAAAUACAUACAAAAAUGGGGUAUGGGCAGCCACAUUUCGAAAAGACAGUUCGGUCAGCGAGGCUACCACAAUAAAAAAACAAUCUAGGUGG